AUGGCCGCCGUCAUUAUGGAGUUGGACCCAUGGGUUGGUUCCACAACUGGCAGUGCAUGUAUGCCGGUAGCUACCUAUUCAAAUGUCAAUAAUCUCUGA